UCAAGGAGCUGCGUGACAAACUGGUAAGUCUGUUUGUAGAUUACCUACACUUAAGGCUCAGUGCAAUUCAUUCCUACAAGUGGUCACUUCUCACUGUUUCCCUUGCCUUCUUGGGAUACGGAAGAAAUGAAGGAAAGAAGUGGAUUGCUUGGAGCUCUAAUACGCAAGAGGCAUGAGGCGUUCAAGAAGGAGAGCCUUGACAUCGUUUACCUGG